GGUUUUUAACGCAGCUGUUACUUUGCUAAAUACAUAUCGGACUGUUUCUGUUAAAGUAUUUCUUUACAAAGUAGAAGGUAGGUCUUCCAUGGAGCAGAUCAACGCCAUUUUCAUAACUUUAAAAAAAAAAUUUGUUUGUGGAUAUAUUCAUUUUUGUUUAAAAGCCUGAGGUCAUUCUGAAAUAUGCAACAACAACAAUAGAAAAAUAAAUUUUUUUUUUUUUUUUAUAAAUUUAAAAAAAAAAAGAUUUCAGAAUCGAGAAAACAAAGCAAAAACUCCUAGCGCUAUUCGAAUUUUGUGGAUAUAUUCAUUUUUGUUUAAAAGCCUGAGGUCAUUCUGAAAUAUGCAACAACAACAAUAGAAAAAUAAAUUUUUUUUUUUUUUUUAUAAAUUUAAAAAAAAAAAAGAUUUCAGAAUCGAGAAAACAAAGCAAAGACUCCUAGCGCUAUUCGAAUGUAUAUCACUUGAUGAAAAAGUUGAAAUUAUGAACAUACAAUUUGCUGGCUUCAAGGUUUCACACCAUUUCAGGCAGCUAUAAGAGUUUUAAAUUUGAUUUGCUUAGAUUGAAAGACGUUCGUCUCACACUGGUGUGUAAAAUAUAUUUCUAAAACAGUUCAGUGCAAUAAUUCUCACUGUACUGCAUCAUUCAAAAGGUUUCAAAUGCAUUGAAUAAUGUUACAAAAUUCAUCCCAAUUUAAAAAAAAAUAAAAAAAAUUUUAAAUAUAUAAAACUACAACAAGAUGUAACCAUUAAAAAAUGUAUUUUUGUUAAUGUUCCUUUCCUUUUUUUAAAUUUAAAAGUUUUUCAGAAUAAUUAUGAAAUAAAAAUAAGUAUAUAGAUAUAUAUAUAAUUUUUUUUUUAAAUGUAGCUUUUAAAAAGAAUCUAUUUCCCAGUUUUCCUGGAUUCUUCUAGGAAAAUGAUAGUUGACGUCAGGCAAGCGAUACAGGAAUAUAAAAGGGAGCAUGGAUUAAAAGGUACGUUUAUAUGUGAACGUUUCACUAAACUAGAUUUAACUCUAAUGUAUUUUUUCUUCCAAAACUAACCUGCUAGAGCAAUGGAUUUUAAAGUUGACCCUCAUAAGGGCGCAAAUAACAGUCCAUGAGUCAUUAAGAAAAGUCUAAUGGGCACUAAUAACAGUUCAAGAGGCACUAAGAACAGUCUAACGGGCACUAAGAAUAGUCUAAAGAGUUCUAAGAAUUGUCUAAGGGGCACUAAAAACAGUUUAAGGGGCACUAAGAACAGUCUAAGAAGAGAUAAGAACAGUCUAAAGUGCACUUAAAUCAGCCCACGAGCCACUAAGAACAGUCUAAGAGGCAGCCUAAGGAGAAUUAAGAAAAUUCUAGUGGCACCAAGAACAGGCUAAGUGGCAGUAAGAACGAUAUAUAUGGUACUAAGAACAGUCUCAGGGUCUAAAUGGUACUAAGACCAAUCCAAGUGGCACUAAGAACAUUUUAAGAAGCAUUAAGAAAAGUCUAAAAAGAAUUAAGAACCUUCUAAACUGCACUAAGAACAAGCCUAAGGAUUGCUAUGAACACCCAAAGGCUGGCGCUGAGGAAGUUCAUCAAUAAAAAGUUCAUACGCUUACAAUUUUAAAAACACUAUUUUGAUUGUCUUUGUUUAAAAACAAGCCCAGUGUAAGCAUUACUGAUAUAAUUUCUGGAAAGGACCCUUGAGAUGUCAAAUUAUAAGACGUGGCCUGUAACAACAAUACAUGACAGAUGAAUGAGGUGCAUUGAACAGACAAUGCUUGGAAUUGAGCUCAAGGUGGAGUCAUCCACUGAUUUUUACAACAACAAAAAACUUUCAAGAGAUGCAGAUAUAUUUUUAAAAAAGAAAGAUUUUAUUUCUCUCCUACCCAUUUUUAACUCUAUUUUAAUCAUUGUCGUGCCUUAAGGAUGUCGUAUCCAUGGAUCACGUUAACCAGUUCACUGCCGAUUUUGUUAAAGUAAAAGGGACAUAUGUAUUUAAUUAUGUUAAAUCAUAUACUACUCUUUUUGAGUUUAAUUGCAUAUGUGGUCAUAUACAAUUUUAUGCUAAAUAAUGCUUGCAACUAAAUUGACUUAUGGGGGGGGGGGCGGGAAAAGGGGGCGGGGGGGGGGGUGGGGUUCGUCAGAAUGACUGUAUGGCUUUACGUGUGAGUUGGCCGAUAACAGUUUGAGAACCUUUGUUCUUGAUCUGACGGUCCAGGCCCCCACACCACUGUAUGUUUUAGCUGGACUCCUCCGCCAGCUAGAAUUAGGUUAGUAUUACUUUUACAAAGGUUGACUUCUAGAAGACGAUGCAGCUGAAAAAAUCUCCUCCACCUACGAGUUGAUACACAAAAACACUAUAUCCAUACUUUAUCUCAGAGGCGCAGCUAGAGUGUUUGGCACCCCGAGGGGAAAAGAUUCAUUUUAAAGAGCCUCCCCUUUUUUUCUUUUAACUCUCAAACCCAUUAUUUUUUAUCAAUGAAAAAAUAUCAAAUGACAUUUUGGGGCCUCUAACUAGUUUGGCGCCCAGGGACAUAUGUGCCCCCCAUCUACGUCUCUUCUUUAUCUAACACACAAAUUUAGCAUAAUGAUUCACAAACUAGAUUAAGAUUCUAACUUUUGAAUCCUCUAUUGUCAAAAAUGUUAAUGCAAGUAAAUACAACUCAAUGCAAAUAAAUGCGCCCUUUCAACUAAAAUAGUCAAAAUUAGAGUAUAUUCUUAAACUUGCAAGGAUCUAGCCUUAAUUAAAUUUGUUUAUUAACGAUUGAUCAAUGAGGACCUAAUCUUUCAAUAAUUAUAAUUCAUUUUUGUUAUUAAUGCCACUCAUUCGUGAAAAUGAUAAUGUGACAUUAAUUGAGGACUUGUAUUUUGUGACUUUUUAUAAAUAUUUAAUUUAUACUUUUUUAAUUUGUCUUUUUGUUGUACUGAUGAAGGCAAGUGCCGAAACGUAUACUUUUGUAUUCUGUAAAAUUAUUGUUAAAGCUUAACUUAUAUUGUUCUAUAGAUACAAAUUAUUGUUCGUGUCUAAUUAAUCUGUGUCUUUUAUAAAGCUCGAAAUACAGCAGUGCCUUCCCCCAAAUGGACCCAACGUAAUUUAAUUGCUCUCACAUGUCUAUCGAUUCCCAGGUCCUGUAAAUAAGAACAAUGUAGUACUCUCAAACCGUAAAGUGGAGUGGUCUUCAUUGCAAAAGGAGGUAUGAAAAGAAAAAAAAAGUUUUAAUGCUAAAUGUUGUCGAAAGCAGUGCUGCGAAAUCACAAUCGUAUUUCUGUUAUCUUUCAAAUGUUUUUCUUAGAGACGUGGAUUUAAUUUUUUUUAAAUUAUUGUAUUUUGAAUUAUUGUAUAUGUCGACUAAAAUGAACAGAUCAAAUUUUUUAAUGCAGUGGUCACAAAACCGAUUUGUGACAGUGGGCCCCAAAAGUAAAGCGACGCCUCUGGCCGGAAGUAAAUAUUUGCGGCCGGAGAAGGGGUUACAGUAUUUUAUUUGUUUGUUUUUUUGGGGGGAGAAGGUAAGAUGUUAAAAGGACAGAUAUGUGGUGCAAUUCUGCCACACUGGCAUUUUCUCUUUUUCAAACAGUGUUUGCAAAGGCCAUCAUGAUUUGUAAGUAUAUUUUGUAAUUUGUUCUUACAUCAAAUUCUGCAAUUAAGGCUCCUUUCUAUUCUUUCACGUCUGUGCAUUUUUAUAUUUUUUUUUACAUUUUUAACUCCUGAGGAAAAUACUAUUCUCUUUUUGCAGCUAUCAUCGUAAGUGCCGAAAAAAAUAAUAUUUUUAACGUAUUCAUUUCAAUACGUUAUGCCUUAGUUUAAGCAGCCACCAUUGGUGUUUUUUUUUCCCUCCCAUGGUUUAUGCUGAUAGCUUGAAAAAUACCAGUCUCAACUCAGAAAACCUAUUCAUAAAAAUCAAUGGUCAGAUUGCGAUUGGCCCUGAAUUCUUAUGUUGUGAUCUAUCCACGCUAUCAUUGUCCUGUGCGAUGGCAAACAAGACUGAUGGAGUGUGUUCUUUGUCAUAAUAACCAUUAAGAAUCCGUGGGCUCAGCCGAAGACAUCCAUCCCAAAUACACUGUCAAGCGCUGAAGGUAGCUUGGUGCUUAUAGGGAGUACAUUUUGGUGUCCGCCGUAACCAACAAAGGAAUUUGGUGAGAUUUUCUCUCUGUGAGUUGGUCAUUACUUGUAUUUCCCUUUCAGGAUGAUGAUGAUUAUUCUUCGGUUGAAAACGAAGAGUGUGACUUUUCUACGAAGAUUGGUACUGAGGUGGAAAUUACCUCUGGGAGGCUGAUAGGUAACGUGUUUGGGUAAUGGUAGUGGUUAUUGGUGGGUGGGGGUUACAUACCAAAUGUGUGCUUCGUCGCGCUUAUCAGAAGUGAUCACUAAAAAAAAAAUGAAAAAAAACGCAAAUGUCUUUUUUAAAUGUUGAUUUGGGCUUAUGACCAGGAGUCAAAUAGAAGCUGAUCAAAGUGAUGUAUCUAGAAAAUAUAAAACAAAGUCAAUAACUAGAUUAGCAUCAAUAGGAGCCAGAAUGAUCAAUACAUCGACCGUGGUCCCUCAACAUAAAGAAGUCGAAGAAGUUCAUCAUAUUAUUCAUAUCUGAAGGCCCACGAUCAAUUUAUUGAUCUUAUUGGCUCCCGUUUUAAAUUCAGAUUUUGCCUUCUCUUAGAUGAGUUGCCAUCCACCCGGGGUGCCUGGAAUGUUGGCUUUGGAGUGAGCUUCAUAUAUCCAGCAAAAGGAUUAAUAUUAAAAGUCAUUCUUCACUCUUUAUCCGCCAUUGCGACAUUCAGAGUCAAGGAAAUGUGCUGCAUCCAAUUUCAAAGCCUUCCUACUUCAAAUAAUCUGAAGCAAGAAAACUAAAGUAGCACAUAACACACAGAAAAAUUAUGAAGAAAAUAAAAAAAUGUAAUAAUAAUAUAUAUUUUUUUAUUUACGGCAAACCUUCAUUUUUGGCUACCUUUUAAAUCACUUUUUUAAGAAGUUUGAGUUUUUUUUUACUGUAUUCUCGAAGAAGAUAUUUGACCAAAGAAUAGAGAGUCUAUAAAUUAACGUUUCAUUUAACAGGCCUUCCCAAAUUUUUGCCACUGUCGCUUGACGGCCUACAGCAGUUCGUCAUUGAUUUGAUCAAAAAACCUAUUGUGAUUGAACUGAAAAAAGAAAAAGAUGCUAACAUGGAUGAUAUCACGUUUACAGAGGAUGAAAUAGACCUCUUUAAAGUUUAUUCUGGUAAGCAAACUUUAUUUUAUUUCGAUAGGUGUUAAACGACAGUGUCAAUGAAAAGUAGAACUUAAAUCAAUAACCGGUGAAUAUACAGUCCCAUGUCUGUCUCACAGCAAGGCUAGACUAAAAUUUAUUAAGGGAUAAAACAUUUGUCAAAUUAAUUUAUUAAUGCUGUCGGGAGCCUUUAAUUUCUAAUACUUUUUUUUGAGCCAUAACCUUUCUCACUCGUGUUGCAACAAUCUAACGUCAAAUUGGAGAUGGCGUCCGAGGGUCGUUGAGCUAGAGCUCAUAAUAGCCCCCCCCCCCCUUCCCGGCACACCUCCACACGGGCCAGACGCUGGGUCUCCCCGUCGCCAGUUUUUUUGAGCCAUAACCUUGCUCACUCGUGUUGCAACAAUAUAACGACAAAUUGGAGAUGGCGUCCGAGGGUCGUUGAGCUAGAGCUCAUAAUAGCCCCCCCCCCUUCCCGGCACACCUCCACACGGGCCAGACGCUGGGUCUCCCCGUCGCCAGACGGUGUUGCAGCAUGUCGGGAAUCUCCCCCCCCCUGACCUGGGAGACGUCCGGUCGACUGAAAACGUUGCGUUUAUAACGUCCACGGUCCACUCUUCUUGGGUCUUGGCUGCUUUGCUUCCUCUCCGGUGGAAGGCGUUGCAUCACCUCCCCCCACCGUCCAAGGAGCUGUUCGGUCGGGACGAGAGCUGGGACAAAACGGUCGCCUAGGAGCGGCUUUCUCAGCGCCGCGUAGUUAAAAUCAUCGGCAAGGAUUUUAACCGCCGCCCAGGUCUCAUAGCCAUUAACGGCAACAAGUCAUCAUGCUUACUUCCGUUGCGUUGGGAGUCAUGCGAGGUUGCCGGGUUUUUUUUUUGCUUUGGCAUGGAACCUCCCUACUAGUCAGGCACGCCGCGAAGAAGCAAACCCAAAUGUGACACCUCCAAGUUGCCUCGGUGGUGCGGGACGCCGACUUAGAGGCGUUCAGUCUUCCUCCUCCCUGGCAACAAUCUAACAGACAACUCGUGUUGCAACAAUCCGGUAACAGACAACUCGUGUUGCAACAAUCCGGUAACAGACAACUCGUGUUGCAACAAUCCGGUAACAGACAACUCGUGUUGCAACAAUCCGGUAACAGACAACUCGUGUUGCAACAAUCCGGUAACAGACAACUCGUGUUGCAACAAUCCGGUAACAGACAACUCGUGUUGCAACAAUCCGGUAACAGACAACUCGUGUUGCAACAAUCCGGUAACAGACAACUCGUGUUGCAACAAUCCGGUAACAGACAACUCGUGUUGCAACAAUCCGGUAACAGACAACUCGUGUUGCAACAAUCCGGUAACAGACAACUCGUGUUGCAACAAUCCGGUAACAGACAACUCGUGUUGCAACAAUCCGGUAACAGACAACUCGUGUUGCAGCAAUCAUGCUAGAGACAACUCUUCGAUGGCUUGAGACUUUGAUCUUUAUGUUUCUGCUAACUUGAUUCACCCCACCCCUUGCACUACCCAGGUCGACACUCUCCACUAUAAAUGUGUUUAAACAAAGCUUAAGAGUAGGUAUAUUCAUAACUUUGGCAGUACAGUGGAUUCUGAAUUUCGUUUUUAGAUAGCCAUGUAUACCAUAAUUAAAGGGAAACAAAUUGAAAAGGUCAAAUGAACAUGGCAACAUUUGUAUUUUCUGAAAUCUCAGUUAACUGAUGUAUUAGUUUUAGUUGAAUGAGAUUAGAUCAAUGAUACUAAUAACAUCUUAUUUUCAGUUAAUCCAAUGAGUUUUAGUUAUUUUAUCAAAUUCAUGCUAUCCUAAAAAUUGAUAUAAGAACUGUAAUGUGUGUAGGCUAUGUAAGGUGUGUAGCAUAUGUAAGGUGUGUAGCAUAUGUAAGGUGUGUAAGGUUUAUAAGGUGUGUAAGGUAUGUAAGGUGUAUUAGGUAUGUAAGGUAUGUAGGGUAUUAAUGUGUGUAAGGUAUGUAAGGUAUGUAAGGUGUAUUAGGUUAUGUAAGGUGUGUAAGGUGUGUAGGGUAUGUAAGGUGUGUAUGGUAUCUAAGGAGUGUAGAGUAUGUAAGGUGUAAGGUGUGUAUGAUGUGUAGGAUAUGUCAGUUGUUUAAAGUAUGUAAGGUGUUUAAGGUAUCUAAGGUGUGUAGAGUAUGUAAGGUGUGUAAGGUAUGUAAGCUGUGUAAGGUAUGUAAGGUGUUUAAGGUAUGUAAGGUGUGUAGAGUAUGUAACGUAUGUAAGGUGUUUAAGUUAUGUAAGGUCUGUAAAAGUCAAAAGCGUCACAGUUCCAAGUUAAACUUGCAUUAAGACAACCGAAUUCGCAACUGUGCUUGGCAAACUAAUCUCUUGAUACGCACCUGAACAACAGUUUAUCGUUUAACCCUCUUAGGAAGUCAAAUUAUCCUUUAAGCCAAGCGGUAAUCUUCCUAUGUCCGUGUAAGCUCAAGGACCCAAGAUCGAAAUAAGUGAGCUGUACUAUGGACAGGACAUAAAUAAAAUAGCUUUUUCGUUGACCUUCAGAUACGACCUUACCCGACAUAGGGUGAGGGUGUCUCAAAAUUAUUUGGCGAUCACUGGUCUAAAAUUGCAAAGUCUAAAAUAAGAGCGCGCAACAAGUGUGCCGCAGAACACCAGUGUGCCGCACGCUGCUGCCAGGUGUGCCGCAGCAUUAGGAUCUCCAAAAUCAAAAUGAAUUUUUUGAGAUAUGGAAUGAUAGGACGCUAAAAUGAUACGUCAUGUACAUCAUGCUUGAUAAAUGGAUAAUUAAACAUGGUUGCUUCAACAGGUGUUCAACAGUUCCCUAUGUCUUUCAUGUUAUUACUCGUGGCGUGCCUCGAAAUUAUGGGGUUUGCUUAGGUGUGCCGUGAGAGAAAAAAUGUGGUGUAGAGCACUCAAGGUCUAAACUUCGAAUUUGACACAUUUAAAAAAAAAAUUAGAACAAUAAUUGAAUUGUGCAUUUUUUCAUUUUUCGAUUAGCCACAUUCAAAUGCCAGGUAAAGUUGAAAGGAGAUGUAAUCUUCAAAACUUCAACCUGUUUCGGGGUGUAUCAGAGUUGUCUCGAAGUUCCUAUAAGUGAUAUUAUAGGGAAAACAUCCUGGACUGUGGAGGGAAAAUGCACAUUCCAUCUUAGACUGAACGAUAGACAGUGAUGGGAUAGCAUGACAUCUUGGAUGACUCCUUUAAGAUAAAUGAAUUUGUUUUUUUAAAUCAUUCAGUCGUUUAAAAUUGCAUUUUAAUUUAAUGUUUUAUUACUGCUAUUGUCUAUUAUAAAUAUAAUGCCUUUCUAAACCUAGAGUAAGAACACAUAUCAGUAUAUAACAUAUACAUAUAUAAUUAAAUUGUAUUUUUUUUUAAGUUAUUUAAUUUAACUUAGUAAGAAAGUGAGUUGAAUUCUACACUGCCUUUUAACGUUAACUAUAUAUGUACACAACUGAACAAUUCUUUCUAGAUAUCCAACG